UGGCCCCAAAGAGCACGACUUCCGGCAGGAGCUGCAGUCGUCGCUCGCGUCGGGCCCAAUGGCGGCCCCGUUGCUCCACGCGCGGUUUCCCGGAGAUGGGGCUGCCUCGAGCUCUGCAGUCAAGACUCUGGGCGCGUCGAGGACCGGGCUUUCAGAUAUGCUCACGUUAGAGAAUGAUUUCUUCAAUUCUCCCCCAAGAAAAACUGUUCGGUUUGGUGGAACUGUGACAGAAGUCUUGCUGAAGUACAAAAAGGGUGAAACAAAUGACUUUGAGUUGUUGAAGAACCAGCUAUCAGAUCCAGACAUAAAGGAUGACCAGAUGAUAAACUGGCUGUUAGAAUUCCGUUCUUCCAUCAUGUACUUAACUAAGGACUUUGAGCAGCUUAUUAGUAUUUUAUUGAGAUUGCAGUGGUUGAAUAGAAGUCAGACAGUGGUGGAGGAGUAUUUGGCUUUUCUUGGUAAUCUUGUAUCAGCACAGACUGUCUUCCUUAGACCAUGUCUCAGCAUGAUUGUUUCUUAUUUUGUACCUCCCCGGGUGGUAAUUAAGGAAGGUGACGUAGAUGUUUCCGACUCUGAUGAUGAAGAUGAUAAUCUUCCUGCCAAUUUUGACACAUGUCACAGAGCCUUGCAAAUAAUAGCAAGAUAUGUCCCAUCGACACCAUGGUUUCUUAUGCCAAUACUGGUGGAAAAAUUUCCGUUUGUUCGAAAAUCAGAGAGAACAUUGGAAUGUUAUGUUCAUAACUUACUAAGGAUUAGUGUAUAUUUUCCAAACUUAAGGCAUGAAAUUUUGGAGCUUGUGAUCGAGAAGCUACUCAAGUUGGAUGUGAAUGCAUCCCGGCAAGAUAUUGAGGAUGCUGAAGAAGCAGCCAUUCAGACUGGUAGUGGGCCAGAUGCCACAGAAGGACUCUUCAAUAUGGAUGAGGAUGAAGACACUGAACGUGACACAAAGGCUGACCAACAAAGGCUCGAUCACAUGGUACAUCCUGUAGCCGAGCGCCUGGACAUCUUGCUGUCUUUGCUUCUGUCCUACAUUAAGGAUGUCUGCUACGUAGAUGGCAAGGUAGAUAACAACAAAACGAAGGAUUUAUAUCGAGAUCUCAUAACCAUCUUCGACAAACUCCUAUUGCCCACCCACGCCUCCUGCCAUGUCCAGUUUUUCAUGUUUUACCUCUGCAGCUUUAAAUUGGGAUUCGCAGAAGCAUUUUUGGAACAUCUCUGGAAAAAAUUGCAGGAUCCAAAUAAUCCUGCCAUCAUCAGGCAAGCUGCUGGAAAUUAUAUUGGAAGCUUUUUGGCAAGAGCUAAAUUUAUUCCUCUUAUUACUGUAAAAUCAUGCCUAGAUCUUUUGGUUAACUGGCUGCACAUCUACCUUAACAACCAGGAUUCAGGAGCAAAGGCAUUUUGUGACGUUGCGCUCCAUGGACCCUUUUACUCAGCUUGCCAGGCUGUGUUCUACACUUUUGUUUUCAGACACAAGCAGCUAUUAAGUGGAAACCUGAAAGAAGGUUUGAGAUACCUUCAAAGUCUAAAUUUUGAACGUAUAGUGAUGAGUCAGCUGAAUCCCCUGAAGAUUUGUCUGCCUUCGGUAGUUAACUUUUUUGCUGCAAUCACAAGUAAAUACCAGCUGGUCUUCUGCUACACUAUAAUUGAGAGGAACAAUCGCCAGAUGCUGCCAGUUAUUAGAAAUACAGCUGGAGGGGACUCGGUGCAAACCUGCACAAACCCACUUGACACCUUCUUCCCCUUCGAUCCUUGUGUGCUUAAGAGGUCGAAGAAAUUCAUCGAUCCUGUUUAUCAGAUAUGGGAAGACAUGAAUGCAGAAGAGCUUCAGGAGUUUAAGAAACCCAUUAAAAAGGAGGUGGUGGAAGACGAAGAUGAUGAUUUUUUGAAGGGUGAAGUUGGGAUCACUCCGAGCUCCUUUGACACGCAUUUCCGAAGCCCUGCGAGUAGUGUGGGCUCCCCUCCCACGUUAUACCUGCCAGACCAGUCCCCUCUGAUCACAAGGGUUUGUGAUUGAAAUGAGCAUUCCUCCCUGUUGGGCCCUUGAGUGCCAGGGCUCAUGAUAUUUGAACUGGAGCGAGUACAUGCCUCAGGCAUCUUACUUUCAAGGUAGACUUUAGUGUCUGGACUUUUUUUUUCCUGUUUGCUUCCCUACAGACAGAAGGAAAAGACUGGAUAUCAUGUGCAAUAUUUUGGAAUGGAGUUGAUGAUAAAUUUUGAAGGCUUGUGUUGUCUAAUGUAUAUUUUAUUUCAUUUCAGCUUUACGACAUCAUUGUGAAAUUUCUAAUAUUGGCAACAGCCUGUUUUAACCGAUUGCAUUUUUCCACAUAGGUUUUUGUCUGAGCCGUAGUCACAGGACUGUGUUGAUCUGAUUUCUUUUCAGUGGAAAAAAAUCCUCUAUGUAGACACUAUUCAGUGUCUUUAAAAUGAUUUUACUUUGGACAUAUUGUUGACCCUCAGCUGGAACUAUAUGUCUGUUUUGGGUUGUCAGUGGGGUGCGGAGAGGACGGGAGGAAUGUGGAGAGGUGGCCAGAGCUGGUCCCUGACUCUGGAAGCUGGAGCUGGCACGGAAAAUCUCCAGGGACUUUGGAGACCAAUGAAAUCCUGGAGGGAAGAGAUGGAGUGUUUAGGGAAAUAGAAGCAGACAAAUCAUACACUUGUGAGUUUAAAAAUGAAUUUAAAAGAAACACGGAGUUCGGGGUAAAUGUAAUUCCCAUGUGCUGAGAGUGAGGUUGGACUUUUAUAAAACAUAGCACGUUGGCAUUUUACCCUGAGGCUCCCAGGAGCUGUUAGAACUGGAACUGCUUGUUUGUAGUGGAAUGUUACUUGGGUUUUCCUCUUUUUUAAAAAACUAGAAUCAGUUGGUCAUUUUGAGAAUUUCUUUGUGCUAACGGGCGGGGAAAAAGGGGGCUUGGGUUAUUCGGUGGAAUGGUUUUGCCAGCCACAACAGACCAAGGUUACAUACAGCUCCAGCCUUGGUCUAUUGGCUGCUGGUAUCAUGGAUUUCGCUUAGUGAGAUCUCUGGUGAGGCUCUUUUUGUACUUUUAUAACUAAACACUGAGAGAGAGGAGUCUAAACAACCUCACUUUAUAACACGUGUGCAAACACUGCUAGGCUCAUUUUGUAGCUCAUGCAUAUUUUAGCUUCAUUCCUUAUUUGUGUACUUUUUUUGUUACUUGUGAAAAUGGACAUCUCUAAACAUAUUUAUUUUUCUGCCACUUUUCCUAUUAUUUAAAAGCAAGCAAUAUUUUCUUGAUCACAAAUAUUUUGUAAUGAAAUACUUUCUCUUUCCUAGGGCUUUGUAUGCUCUUGUAUAAUUAUAUUGAUGGCAAUGUAGAGUAAAUAUGUUUUUGGAAAAUAGAAAUUUUUAUUGGUUUAAAAUGUUUUGGAUAUUGCAGAUUUUCUUUUGGUGACUUGGUGGAAAGUCAUUUGAGAACGUUUAGGUUCUCUCUCUCUUUUUUUUUAACUGGCAAAAAGGUGGGAUUUUUGUAAGCUGGGUAAAUGAGUACAUGAAAAUGUGUCUGUAGAAGUUAACGGUAAGUGGGCCUUUGUGGGUUUGAAGUUUUAAUGUAGAAGGGUCUUUAUAAAUAAGUCUGUUUAAUUUCAAAGAAGUUGAGGGGGAAAACAUUGUAAAAAUAAAACAAUGGCACAGUUACUCUGGACCUUUUGUUCUUAUACCAGUAAAGGAGUCAAGGGAGGUACCCCAAUAAAGAGGCUUCUCACACUGAU